AUGGGGUUUCAGUUUAUACCGGCAACGUCACCGAAGCUCGCAGUCAAAGACAAUCAUAAGCCGUUGUUCACGGAAUGUCUGAACUACAAACCAACAGUGAAGGAGGAGCAGCCGAUUGGUACUUAUGUAUUUACGGUUCAUGCAGAAGAUCGAGACCCGCCCGAAAUGGGUGGCACAGUUACUUACAAAUUUGUCUCGACGCCUGGUGAAAAAGAAAGAUUUCAUGUCGACCCCGAAACUGGAAGAAUCACGACUGCAGAUAUUUUUGAUCACGAUGAGCCAUCGCGUGAGAAGGAAGCAUACAUUACUGUUCGUGCCAGUGACAAUGGACAACCUCAGCUGGAUGACGCUUGUACCAUUAAAAUCCUCAUCGAAGACAUCAAUGAUAACCAGCCGGUCUUCGACAAAGUCGUCUUCCGUGGACAUGUUUGGAAGUCGUACUCGGAAUCGGUACCUCAAGAUUUGCCGAGCGGCCGGGAAGUAAUGAGGAUUUCGGCCACGGACAUAGACGAUGGUAACAACUCUAUCGUGCGUUACAGUUUGGAUUCCAAUUCGCCAGAUCAGGCGUAUUUUUACAUAGAUCCAGAUAACGGAGUUAUAUUUUUAAAUAAAAGUAUCGAUAAACCGCCCGGUUACAAAUUUAAAUUGAGCGCUAUAGUAAAAGACCAGGGUGAUGAGCCCCAACAAAGUUCGAUUACUUUAGACAUCCAAGUCGUGGAGUCUAACAAGAAAAGCCCGUCUUUUAUAGAAGUUCCUGAUGAACCGAUCAGAUUAAAAGAAAAUUACGCAGACUUCAAUACACCCAUAGCUACCGUGAGGGCCGUAUCAAACAUAUUGGAAGAGAAAAAACUUCAGUUUGAACUUGUUAUGGGUCAAACUGAACAAACUAACAAGUGGCAUACCUUCGUACUGGAACCGGAAGCUGACUCAGCGUAUAUUAAACUCGGAAAUCAUCUGGACUAUGAGAAAAUUACGGACUACACGUUAACUGUAAGAAUACAGAACAACUACAAAUUGGCUGCAGAGACUAUCAUACAAAUAGAAAUUGAGGAUGUUAAUGACAACAUCCCUAUAUUCAGCGAAAUACGUUCUGGAACCGUACUAGAAAACGAACCACCAGGUACGCCGGUGAUGCAAGUUAGAGCCUUUGAUGCUGACGGUACAUCAGCCAACAACCAAAUAACAUACGAACUAGGUGACGCCUCAGACCCCUUCGCUAUUGAUAGCAUUACCGGUAAUAUAACGACACUGAAAAACUUUGAUAGAGAAGAAAGAAGUUUCUAUAAUAUUAAAAUAAUAGCCACUGAUAAUUCUGAAUCCGCUCUAAUUCCGGGAAAACAUAAUGCUGGUCAGCAAGUGUUCCUUAUAGAGAUAGCGGAUAAAAACGAUAAUCCACCGCAUUUCACUCAAGACACGUACGUGGCGGAAUCUAUAGCUGAGAAUGCUAACAUUAAUGAGCUCGUCACGCAAGUUACCGCUUUGGAUAUUGAUACGGCUUCCGUCGUUACGUACAGCAUAGUAUCUGGAAACACAUACGACGCGUUUGUCAUACGUAAUUUCACCGGUGAAAUUCGUGUUAACAACGAACUCGACUACGAGAAUAUAACCAGUUAUAGCCUGGAUGUUAGGGCAUUUGAUGGCCUUUAUGAAGACUAUGCAAAGGUUCUGAUCAAAAUUGAGAAUUUGAAUGACAACCCACCUGUAUUCUUGGCUAACUAUACAAAAACCAUUGAAGAGGAAAAGUUGUAUGAAGGAUGUAUUGUUAAGGUUGAAGCAUAUGACCCAGAUCUCGACAGGAACGAACCUCAGAAUAUUGUCUAUUCUCUGGUCAAACAUGAGCAAAAGGAGUUCCUUCAAAUAGACAAUGAUGGAUGUCUUCGCCUGACUAAACCAUUAGACAGGGACCAACCUACCGGCUUUACUCGAUGGCAGAUCCUCAUCAUGGCCGCUGAUCAUGGUGGAAGACUUGGUUCUGACAGUCUACGGUCCACAACUGAAGUCAUAUUGGAGCUAACUGAUAUCAACGAUAACGCUCCGUUUCUUACCAACACGCAACCUGUGAUAUGGUAUGAAAAUGAGCCUCCUGGUCAAGUGGUUAUUCUCACUGCAAAGGACUACGACUCAACUGAGAAUGGACCACCAUUCACCUUCGCACUUAAUGAAUCAGCUAGCUUCGAUAUUCGCUCCAAGUUCCAUAUACAAGGCAACAUUCUGUCAACAUUGGUAUCUUUCGACCGCGAGCAACGAAAGGAGUACAAAAUUCCUGUAGCAAUCACAGAUUCUGGGACACCAAGAUUAACAGGGGUGUCGAUUUUACACGUUGUUAUUGGUGACAGGAACGACAACCCAAUGUCUUCUGGAGAAAGCAACAUCUUCGUUUACAAUUACAAGGGUGAAGCACCGGAUACGGAAAUCGGAAGGGUGUUCGUAAACGAUCCGGACGAUUGGGACCUUCCGGACAAGCGGUUUAUGUGGCUACCGUCAUAUGAGCAGAGAAGUCCGUACUUCGACGUGCAUAGUAAUACCGGAAUGAUUACUAUGAAGCAAGGAACUCCGAAUGGAACUUAUCUUCUACACUUUAAUGUGACAGAAGAAAAUGAACCAUUAGUACCAUUCCACUGGGUGGAAGCUACAGUGAAUGUGACCAUCAAGGAGAUCCCAGAAGAGGCAGUGGACAAAUCUGGUUCGAUCCGGUUCAUAAAUAUAACCGCUGAAGAGUUUAUUAUUCCAGAAGCUGAUGGUAUCAGCAAGAAGGACAAAUUGCACCGUCGCCUCGCCCAGUUGUACAACAAGUCGCUCGAUAAUGUUGACGUUUUUACCGUAUUCAGCAAGAUGACAGUUAAAGACGAAUUCUUGGAUAUACGGUUCUCUGUUCAUGGAUCACCGUACUUCGAGCCUGAGAAACUGGAUAGCAUGGUCAUUGGGAUACAAGAAAAGCUAGAAGAAGAGCUCCAAGCAAAGAUCUACAUGGUGAAGAUAGAUGAAUGUCUUAUUGAGAAAGAGCAGUGUGAAGACGCGUGUCGCAAUGUCCUGACCAAGAAUAACGUCCCGCUUUCUGUCUACACCAACACCACGAGCUUCGUAGGAGUAUCAGCAAGAGUGGAGUCUGAGUGCACUUGUGACGUUGAAGAGCCCCUCGUUUGCUUGAAUGGAGGUACACCAUUCGCUGAUAAAUGCGAAUGCCCCGAAGGGUGGAAUGGUCCGCAUUGUGAGCAAACAUCUAUUGCCUUCCACGGGAACGGCUGGGCAAUGUACCCAUCACCCCCAGCGUGUCACGAAGGCCACGUGACCUUGACUGUGACGUCACACUCGAGUAACAGUUUGAUCUUCUACCUGGGACCGCUGAGACAUAACCUACUUUUAGAUGUGCAAGACUUCAUGUCGCUGGAGCUUGUCGACGGAUAUCCAAUCUUACUUGUAGACUACGGUUCGGGUACUACUAAACUAAACAACAGCGUGGUGCACGUGGCAGAUGGCAAGCCGCAUUUAAUAGAAAUAGUUCUAAUGAAGAGCUCCAUUGAAAUGUUUGUGGAUAGAUGCAAAUUAUCGACCUGCAUGAGUUUGGCGGCACCAAUUGCGCCUAGGCAAAUUUUGAACGUGAAUGGUCCGCUGCAGCUAGGUGGCGCUAGUAUCGACCUGCAAGACCUAGCUCGCUCGUUCGGCUGGCAGCACGUACCAACGAACCAACACUUUAUGGGCUGCAUCAGUAAUUUUACGUACAACGAUUUUAUGUACAACCUGGGCAGACCAUCAGUAGAGGUGAAUGCAGACCCUGGAUGCCAGAAGAGCGUAUUUACUGCUGUAACGUUUGGAAUCGAUACCAAUUUCCUCGUUGCUAUACUUGUGUGUAUAGCCAUAUUAGUCAUUCUUCUCCUGGCGGUGGUAGUCCACAGACGUCGAGCUGAUGCGUGGGCAGAAAAGGAACUAGAUGAUAUUAGAGAGAACAUAAUAGCAUAUGAGGAUGAAGGUGGUGGUGAAGGAGACGCAGGAUAUGACCUGCAUGUGCUUCGGCAGAUGUAUGAUGGUCCACCUCCAGAUACCGAUGUGGCAUUUUUACAGGCGCCUGGUAUGGUAGGCGCAGCGCCGGAUAUAUCCGGUUUCCUAGACGACAAGAAAUCCGUCCUAGACCGCGACCCCGAGAUCACACCCUAUGAUGACGUCAGGCAUUACGCGUAUGAGGGCGAUGGCAACACUAGCGGCUCUCUCUCAUCAUUGGCUAGCUGUACCGAUGAUGAAGACCUAAAGUUCAACUAUCUAUCGACAUUCGGGCCGCGGUUCCGCAAACUAGCAGAUAUGUAUGGUGAUUCGGAUGACGACAGAGCGCCCCACGAGGAGUCCUGGUGCUAG